UGUGUGUGUGUGUGUGUGUGUGUGUGUGUGUGUGCGUGCGUGCGUGCGUGCGUGCAUGCGUAUAUGUAUGCACAUAUGUAUGUAUAUAUGUAUGUAACAUAAUAUUAUUAUUAUUUAAUAGUAAUAUUUUUUUAAUACGAUAUAAGGAGGAUUGAUGUAAGACUUUAUAUUAUUAACUUUCCUAACAUUUAUUACUUUUAAUGAACGUCACGAUUUCAAAACUUAAUAGUUAUAUCAGAUAUAGACAAUAGAUUAUUGUUGUUAUAUUAAGUAUAUGAAUUAUCGUCAGUAUCAUGCAAAUAUUUAUACAUGGAUGAAUAAUAUGCACGUAAUUUUAGUUAGCAUCGUUUAUCCUUAUGGACUAUAACGUGGAUCUUUUUUUAAAUGUUUGCUCAGUCAUCGGACCUAUAAUAUAUUACACAUUUACGUAUUUUGGUAUGCUUACUAAUCAAAAUAAAGUAAGUUUGCGAACAAUAUAAUCGAUUUCGGUACCCGCGAUUGAAUUGUUCAACAAUGAAACGCGUCUUGAAAAAUCAGAUAACUUCUUCUUAUACAUAAUAGUAGGAGCUCUAUCGACGUAAAUUAUCAAUAUUUUAUUCUAGACAAAAGAGUUUAUCGAACAAGUGCGAUAUAGUUGGAAUUCCUUAAAAGAAAAAGAGGAACUUAAAAUCAUACACACUCAUGCUAAUAUCGGACGAUUCUACGCAAUCAUUGGAUCAAGUUUUUCGAGUCCCUCAAAUCUGCUUUUUCAGUUGAAAAUUUUGUUGGAAUUCCUAUUGGCGUGAUAUCAUUAAGCAUUAAUCUAUAUCGUGUGAGUUCUUGAAACUAAUUGCAUAUAUUAACAUCAUAUGAUGAUUUAAAAAAAAUUAAAAGUUCUGUUAGCUUUGCGACCGCAUUAUAGCAGAAGAUAUUGGCGGUGCAAUUUUGAUGUGUUUAACAGUCAUCAUUCAUUUUGGUGUCAUGUUCCUAUCUAACUACAUUGGUCAAAUGGUAAUAGAUCACAGCGAGGACAUAUUUAAGAAAAUAUGCUGCUCUCGAUGGUAUGCGACGCCACUAAAUAUGCAAAAAUGUCUCAUGAUGAUAAUGCACCGAAGUCUAAAGCCUUCCACAUUGAUGAUCUACUUUGGUCUGUUCUUGCCAUCUUUGCAAGGCUUCGCUAAGCUUAUCAGCAAGUCGUUAUCAUACUUUAUGGUAAUUUAUUCUAUGCACCGAUAGUAAUCACAGGAUAUAAUAAUAAUCAACAAUUACAACUGAUAAGUACUUUCGUUAGAAAAAGAUGCAUUGUUGUAGAAAGUAACAUCUUUGGAUCAUCACUUUCAAUUUAUUGUGUUUAUAUUAUUUGUUUAUACUCGAAUAUCUCUAUAUUAAGCUAAGUAGGGUAAUCAUUUUUUUAAAUAAUUCAACUAAACAGUUUUUAACGAUGAAUAAUAAUGAAUUAUUUAUAAUUAUGAUAUUUUAAUAUGAAUUAUUUAUUUUUC